AUGAGAUUUCUUCUUGAGUGUUGGGAGGUGGUUAAAGGGGAGGUGAUGGGCACUUUCCAUGCUUUCCAUUCUCGGGGAUCUUUUGAGAAAAGCUUGAAUGCCACGUUCAUUGCUUUCAUUCCGAAAAAGGGAAGGGCGUUGGAUGUUAGGGAUUUUCGCCCUAUUAGUUUGAUUUUGGAUUCAGUCCUUAUUGCGAGUGAGUGUGUGGACUCCAGAUUGCGUAGUGGGGUCCCGGGGGUUCUUUGUAAGUUGGACAUUGAGAAGGCGUAUGACCAUGUGAGUUGGAGCUUUCUUUUGUACCUGAUGGAGAGGAUGGGGUUCGGUGAUAGAUGGAGGAGAUGGAUUCAUUUUUGUAUUUCCAGUGCUCGCUUUUCGAUCCUUGUUAAUGGUGCUCCUACUGGUUUUUUCUCUAGUUCAAGGGGCUUGAGACAGGGCGAUCCUCUCUCCCCCUUCUUGUUCUUGUUUGUGAUGGAGGCCUUUAGUAGAUUGAUGAAAAAGGCUACCGAGUUGGGUCUUUUGAGAGGCUUCCGGGUGGGCAGGGAUGCUGUUUCUCAGUCGGAAAUCUCUCAUUUGAUGUUUGCUGAUGACACUUUAGUUCUUUGUGAUGCGAAUGUAUCCCAGAUUAGAUAUUUGAGAUGUAUUUUGAUUUGGUUCCAAGUUGUCUCCGGCCUUAAGGUGAAUGUGGGCAAAAGUGUUUUGGUGCCGGUUGGGGAGGUCCCUGAGAUUGAGACUUUUGCUGACAUUCUUGGUUGUCGUACUGGUUCAUUUCCCAUUUCUUACUUAGGCUUGCCUCUAGGUGCUCCUUCGAGGUGUGGGGGAAUUUGGGAUCCAGUUGUGGAUAGAUUUGAGAGAAGGUUGGCGGGUUGGAAGAAGCAGUAUCUCUCCAAGGGCGGCAAGAUUCCUUCCUCAGUUGCGGAGAGGAUUGAGAGGUUGCAGCGUAAUUUUCUGUGGGGGGGUAGAGGUGAAGAGUUUAAGUUUCAUUUGGUGAGAUGGGAUCAGGUUUGCAGACCAAUUCGGAAUGGUGGGUUGGGCCUCCGUAAAUUGGUGCCUUUUAAUAAGGCCCUCCUUGGGAAAUGGUUGUGGAGGUUUGGGGUGGAGAGACAUUGGCUUUGGAGGAGGGUUGUGGCGUGUCGUUUUGGGGAAAUGAGAGGAGGGUGGAGUUCAUUGGAAGUUAGAGAUCCUCGGGGGGUGGGGGUCUGGAAAUUUAUUCGGAAGGGUUGGGAUGAUUUUUCCAAGCACAUUCGGUUUCGUCUUAGAGAUGGGAGGAGGAUUUGCUUUUAG